AUGAAAGAAAAAUAUAAAAAUUACCGAAGUGAAUCUAUCUUUUUGAGAGAUGGGAAUUUGUUUGGGAUACAUGAUACCAUAAAUGAUGAAAAGGAAGCUGAAAAAUGCGCAUUUUUUUUUAACAAUAAUAAAAAUAUAUUUACAAAUUUGUUUACAAAUUAUAAUGAUAAUACUAGUAUGAUUGAUUUAUUGAAUAGAGGAAUAAAAAAUGAUAACAGUGUGCUAAAUUUGAGCAAGUUAAAAAAAUAUAAAAAUAAAAAAAAUACACCAAAUAAUAAUAUAGAAGAUAACUUAAAUUCAUUAAAAAAUGAUGAACCAUUUGUAAAAAAAGAAUGGAUAAACAAUUUUUGUUGGGCUUGCUCUUUAAAUUUAUUAGAUGAAAUUUUAGAAAAGGAGAUAUAUAAAAAAAAAAAAAUUGGGUAUGUAUAUGAUUUAAUUAAUGAUGAAAAUUCUUAUUUCGAUACGAGUACUUUUAUUAGUGUCCCAUAUGAAUUUGCACGAUUUAUGUUAUCACAAUCAGAAAGUAAUGUAUUACAGAAUAUUAAAAUAAAUAAUACGAUAAAAGAAGAAAAAUAUUUAUUUAAAAAACUUUGUAAAAAUCGUAAAAAUAACAAUAAAAGUAAUAUAAAUAAAUACAAACCGUGCGACGAUAUAUCAAGCUCAGAUUUUUCAAGCAUAGGAUAUAGCAGUAAUACAGACAAAAGUAACAAAGACAUAAAUGAUGGAAACAUGCAUAACUAUUAUGGUAAUUAUUUACAUAUCAGGGAAAAACUAUUUAAUUAUCAUAAUUCUAAUAAUAAAAAAAAAUAUUUAUAUAAUGAUGAUGAUUUAUUUUACAAUAAAAAAAAUUUGAAAAAUUUUAAAAAAUGCUGUGAUGAAAAUUUGCUGAAUAAGGAGCAAAGAGUGAACCGAGUACAUAAUAUAACGAAAAAUAAAGAGUUAUAUAACAAAAAUAGACAAAAAAAAGGAAAACACAAUAUUUUAUAUGAUAAAAUGAGCAAUAGCAAUGACAGUAAACAUGAGUAUAGACAAAUUUAUAAACGUACAAAUCUGGAUAAUGCAAAUGUGUGUGAAUAUAAAAAUUGUACAAAAUCGAUAUUAUUAUCACAUAUUAGGAAUGUCAAAUCUGACAUGUUAAAAAUGGGUAACAAAAAAAUGCAUAAAAAUAAAGACUUUAAUUGGAAUCAUAAUACGAUUUUUAAGACAAUAAAUAUAAAACAGUUAAAUGAAAAAAUCCCCAUAAAUGAUUUUCAAUAUUAUUUAAGCGAUAUAGAAGAAAAUAAUAGUUAUAAAUAUCUACAGUGUAAUAAACGAAUAACAAAAAGGAGCAAAUCUAUUUGCUCCAUAUUAAGAACAAAUAAUGAUAACAAUAAUAGUACACAAAAUGGCACAGAAUAUUUAGAAGGCAAUGAAAAAACAAUUGAUACUGAUAUCUUUGAUUCUGAAAACUAUUUUAAUAAUCCUACCGAUCGAAAUAUAUACUCUGAGGAGAUAGAUGAAGAUAUGAUAGACAAAGAAGAAAACGAUAUAAAAAAUAAUUAUAAUAAAAGAAUAUAUUAUAAAUAUAAAAAUAAUUUAAAUUAUAUUAAAGAAUUUUAUUAUAUUGCAGAAACUAAGAAAAAAAAAACGUUCCCUUUAUGCCUAUAUAAUAAUAUUAAAUUGAUUGACGAUGUAAAACAAUGCUCUAAAUGUUAUUGUUUUUUUAACAAAACGGCUUGUCAUUGUAUAGAAUGUAAAAAGAAAUAUAAUAUGAAAAUUUUAACUCCCCAUUAUUUUAUAUUUCAACAUGGUUUAACUGCAAGCGUAUGGGAUUUUCAAAAUAUAAUUAAUCCUUUACUAAAAAAAUAUCCACCUAUUUUUUUAUAUGUAGCAUAUAGUAAUCAAGGACAUACAUUUGAAGGUGUUGAUGUUGGCACUGAAAGAAUAUGUGCUGAAUUAAAAUUUUUAUUUAGAACUAUAAACAAUGAUAAUAUAAAUAUAUCUAUGGUAGGACAUUCAUUAGGAGGAGUAUUAAAUAGAUAUAAUUUAACUAAUUUGUAUAGAAAAAAAAUUCUUAAAAAAAAAAAAUUAAUUAAUUUUGUAACUUUUGCAUGCCCACAUAUUGGCGUUCAUGAAAAUAUUCCAUUCGUUAGAACUAUAUCAUCAUAUUUAGGGGCACAUACAGUUGAUGAUUUAAAUAAUAAAACUAGCGCUUUGUUAAAGAUAUCAAAUCUUGAAAGUAUAAAUAUUUUAAAAAAAUUUGAAAAUAUAAUAUUUUAUGGAAAUACACAUUCAGAUUGGCUAGUAGGUAUUAGGACAUCUUUAGUUUUACCUUAUACACUAUUUAAUAAUGAACUUAUAUUAUAUAUAAUGAAUAAAGCCAAAAAUUUGUUAGAUGUUCCGAUAAAUAUUUUUUCAAUUGUUCAUUUAUAUAUGCGCGAAAAAAAAUUAUUAUUUUUUAAUUUUUAUCAAAAUGUAAAUAAUCCAAAUUAUUUAUUAAAUAAAAGAAAAAAUCAAAAUCAAUUUUUGUAUAAAAUGCUACAAACUAUUAUAUCAUCGACUAAAUUGUUAGCAUAUCACCGCCCCCCAAAAAAAUUGAGUAUUUAUAUGGAUGAUUAUGAAAAAAAAAAAAAUAAUAAUAAUAACAAAACGAUAAAAAGUAUACCAGCUAGCUACUCAAAUUCAUUAUUCAACAAAAGUGUACAUGAAAACAAAACAAAAUCUUCUACAAAAGAAAAUAAUAAUAAUAAAACUAGCUAUAACAUAGACAAUAGUAUUGAAUUGAUCCAAUUUAAUUAUAAUAAAAAAAAGGAUAAAAACGAAAAUUCUUCAAUUGAAAAGGAUACGAGCUUAUCCUCUAUUAAAUCAACUUCAUUAGAAAAUGUUUUUUCAUAUAAUAAUAAUAAGGAAAACAAUUUUAUUAAUAUGAAAAAAAAUAAAAAUAAUAUUGAUAAUUCUUAUACACAUAGUGAAAAUGAAGAAGACUAUAUAAUACAUGAUUUUUAUAAAAACCAUAUAAAUAUGCCUAAUAAUAGUGAAAACAUGGAAGAUGGUGAAUUAACAAAUGAACAAGCCAAAGAAGCUGGAUUGAAUUCAUAUAAAACCAUUUCCAAAACUACGAAUUGCAAUUAUAUGGAGGAACCGGAAAAAAGGGAGCUUUUGAAUAAUGAUUUGAAUAAAGAUAUGGAUUAUAGAAAUUCAGAAAAUCAAAAUAUAAGUUACUCUAAUAAUAUUAAUGAUAAAAUUGAUAAUAAAAAAAAUGAAGAAUCAUAUAGUAUUAAUGAACCUAAAAAUAGUGACAAUAUUGAAGAUAAUAAUAACAAUUGUGAAAAUAAUGAAAAUAAUAAUUCUGAAGCUGAUAAUAAAAAGAAAGAAAAAAUGAAAAAUUAUAAAUAUUUUGAAAAAUUAUUUUUCCAAUGCUUAAAAGAAAAAAUAAUGUACGAUAUAAAAACUUUAGACAGUAAUUUGAAAAAAGAAAAAGAACAAAUUGGAAAAAAAAGUAAAACUGGUAAAAUGUUUCUUCAAAAUACUAUUAAUAUAAUAAAAAAUUAUAAUUUUUUAAAUUAUCCAAAAGGUAAUGACAACACUAAUAGUAGUAGUAAUAAUAACAUAUUAGAUAUGUGUGAUGAAAUUAAACCAUUUAAAAACAGUACCAAUUUUGAAUACAAUAAUAUAUCUAUUAACGAGAGCCAAAGUGAUAAAUUGAAUUCGGAUAAUAAAACAAUUUUUGAAAAAAAUAAUAAAAGCAUAGACCCAAUAUACAUUAGUAAUAAUAAUCAUAUUGAAGAAUAUAAUUAUAUAAGUGAGUUUUUUCAUACAUCUUCUGAUGAUAAUUGUGAGGAAAACGAAAAUAUUCCUAACAUAAUAUUUAACAAAUAUAUACCACCGAAUGUAGCUGAAAAUAAUAAAGCUCAUAAAACCGAAUUGAAUAAUGGGGGAAAUAGCGAAGGGCCUCAUAGAAAUACUGAAUGGAAUAACAAUAACGAUAAUGCAAAUAAGAUAAUAAAAAAGAAAACAAAAAAAAAUAAUUUACUUAAAGGUAUUACAAAAAAUGAUAAAAAAAAAUAUAAGCAAAUAUUAUAUCAUAUUUAUUCAAUAUCAAAUGAUGAGUUAAUUGAAAAUUUUUAUAAAAAUCCUGAACUAAUUUACUAUGAAGUUUUGUUUUAUUGCUUAAAUGAGUUACCAAUACAACGAUAUUGUAUUUCUAUGCCAUUAUAUUCAAACGCCCAUGUUCAAAUUAUUGCACACCCAAGAAUAUGUUCAGAAGAAUCAACUAUCAUAAAACACUUCAUUGAACAUUUGAUUGUUUAA